AUGUAUCCUGGAGUUUCACCAGAAGGGUCACCGGUGACAUGUUUGGAAGUGGCGGGUUGUACAGUCAUGACUGGCAGCCAGGGCCACACUGUUAAAGUGUUUCGGCUCGAUAGCCACCUAUUGCAGUGCACCCUAAACGGCCAUUGCGGUACUAUCACAUGUAUUUUCAUAGACCAGUGGCAGGCCGAGAUGGGCGCAUCUGGUUGCCAGGAUGGUGUGCUAUGUGUGUGGGACUUGAUACGGGGUGCCUCUAUGUACAAAAUUGAAGCCCAUGACGACUCAAUCGUUGCACUUGCCUGUUCCCCGAGUUACGCAAUAUCGCUCGGACUGAAUGAACGAAUACGGUUCUGGGAUAGAUUUCAGGGUCAGCCGCUCAACACCAUGACCGUCAGUCAUGCAUAUUCAACGCUUGUGAUGCUGACACUGUCCCUUCUCGUGACAUCACAUUUAGGUUCACUAGUCGUAUGGGACGACAAUACUGGAGAUGUAGCUCGGGAAGUCAGGCUUGACUGUUCCAAUUCACAGCUAAGUCCGAAAAUUAUGCUACCGGCCAGUGGUUUGGUAAUUUGUGACUACGGAAAUCAAAUGAGAAUCGUUAGUUUCCCACUUGUGGCGGCGGAAAAGUGGCUCGGUCCGGGGAAUCGUAAUCGACCAGCUAACAAAAACAAAUGUACAGCAGCAGCCUCUAUGCCAGUACCCAAGUUACCGGAGGUGUUAGACACUCGUGUUGAAGAUAAAGUGCGCAUUGUACCACUCUCCGGGCCCAAUAGUGAAACGCAGGCCUCCGCUACAAAUAGGCCGAGUUGCUGCUUCAUCUGGAGUCCCCCGUCGCCAUCGUCCGUCAGUUCCUGCAUCAACAUCGAAGCCCGCCCCGCAUCCAGCCAGCUGCAAGUCGACCAACGUCAUCACGGCCGCAACGGUAUCGAAAGAAGAAGGUUUUUUGCGGAAUAA